UGCAGUUGUGGGAAAUGUGUGCCACAGAAAACAGACAUAGAGUGCAUUUGUUGUAAAGAGCACGAACUUAUGUCCUAUGAUAUAGUGUCAUUAGACCUCAUCUGCUUCACACAAAAGCGUGAGCUUGAUAGCUACAUCGCGCAUAAGCCAGCGCUGGAGAUGUCUUUCAUUGAUGCAAUGUUCGGCCGACAUGUUCGGGGGUGCUAGUGACUUUUUCUUUGCUCCGUCCGUCCCGAUGCGUGACUUGUUGACAAUAGCGGCGGGGUAAAUAUGAUUUAUUUGAUGCGCCGAAUGGAUGUAGCACGUUGUUGUUUUGCACUACAGGUACCCUUUAAGCAAUUAUGUAUGUUUAAAUGUAAGUCUAAUUAAUUUUAAUUGGAGGCUGGAGCUGGCAAUGAUGUCAGUGCAAAGGAACAUUCCCAUGGUGGAUCAUGUCUACAGUCUCCUCAACAUGGUUUGGAAAACCUACCAGUACAGCAGCAAGUCUAUGAGAGAACUGCGAGCACUUGGAGAGGAGCUGGGUGUGCAUGUCGAUGUACCAGGUAGUGUCAGUGGGACACGCUGGCUUGCACAUGUAAACCGUGCCCUGCAAACCCGACUGAGACCUGGAGGAAAGGACAGAAACCUGCAGAAUCCUGGCCAGUUCACAGCAGUUUACUUCCACAUGGAACAUUUGACUGCAUCAUCAACCAAUGCUGACAUUGCUGAGAGAGCAAGGAAGGUCUGUCUAUAUUUUCAAAAUUUCAUAUUUGUGAUAGAUAUAUACAAAUUACUGAUAUUGAUUACUUAUGUCUUGCAAGUCAAGAAGAUGAUGGAAGAUGGGGCCUUUGUGGGUUUCUUUCACUUCUUGGCUGACUUGUUUGAGGCCAUUAGCAAAUUCAGCCUUCUUCUCCAAAGAAAUGAUGUCAUUUUGCCUCAGGCUGUGAAUGGGAUUCAGAAUCUUAUUGCAACUGUUGAGGCCAUGUCAGUGAGAUGCAAGCCAGGUGGUAGGCUAGCAGAAUUACUGGCAGACCUUCAGGCCCAGAGAAGACAACAAGAGAGUGAUGGUGAGGCUCACCCUUUGUACAAAUAUCAGGGGGUCACCAUCAAAGGAGAAGUCUCUGGUCUGGGAGCAGAUGGACUCUCAAUGGAAAGCACACCUCAGCUGCAACGAGCAGUAAAAGCAACAGUCGAGUGCACUGUGCUGCACCUGAAGCAGAGGUUCAGCAGUCUACUUGAUGAAGGGUCCUCAUUAGCAACAAUGAGGGCAGUGAGGUCAUUCAAAAUAUUAAAUCACGAUUCCUGGCCUGAACAAAGACAUCUCCUGACAGAUUAUGGUGCAGAGGAGCUGGACUUCCUGCUGGACCACUUCUCCCCCAUCCUAACAAGAAAUGGCUGUGAUACCAAGCUGGCAAGAGAGGAGUAUCAGUCGAUGAAAAUGUUCAUUGUUACAAACUACAUGGACAAGUCACACCAUGCCCUGUGGGGGAGGAUGUUGACCAAAAUGCCGUUCUGCUCCGACUCCAAAAACAUCCUACAUCUUGUACACAUGAUGCUUGCACUCCCAGUGUCUUCUGCUGUGUGCGAGAGAGGAUUCUCUUCCCAGAAGAGGAUUAAGUCAGAUGUCAGGGGGUCUCUUCAUGUGGACACUGUUGAGGACUUAAUCAGAAUUAGUAUGGAGGGACUGAACAUCGAUGAUUUUGAUGCCAAAGAGGCUGUUGACAUGUGGCUCAAUCAGGCUCAACGUACAAGGAGGCCUAAUUACAAGGACUGGCCAACACAGGCACCUUAUCCCCCACCAAGGGGUGAUCUUUUGUAGGAAGUGUUAAUGCACAAGUUAUGUCUACAACUUGUUCUGUUGUCAGUAGAGCAUAAAUAUUCAUUUUGUAUUUUUAAGCUGUAUAACUGGUGUAUGUUAUUAAAACUAUUGCACAAGUUUAUAAGAUUGUAUAUUGUCAAAUUAUUGAUCAGUAAUACAGUAAAAAUGAUGGGAAAACUUUGCGGGUCGAUUUAUAGUGUGCACCCCUAAAUUUUCUGCUUGCGCCCCUAACAUUUUAAGUUAGGGGCCACUGUGCUCCAAGUAAAAAAAGUUAGUCUGGAGCCCUGAUACUCAUAUACAAGAGGAUAGUUAAUACAUAUAUUUAUGUUAGACUUACUUUGAGAUGCUGAAGUAGGUCCUGGGCGUGUCAUGGCCCAUGAGCUCCAUAGGAUCCUGACGGGACCUGGUCAUUUCACCAAUAGCGCACAUGAAGUCCAGCUGUCUGCUCGCGGUGGUCUGGUCCAGAGUCUCGUGGAACAGAAUGAAGAACGCACUGCAGCGUUGGACUUGGGUGAUGAGCUCUUUGUUGCACGCCGCUGGAUUUCCUCCGGUGACCUCCAGCGUUGUAGUUGACGUCGUUGCUGGCGACGGAGCAGGAGCUAGCGGCGGAGCAGGAGCUAGCCCCUCGGGCUGCUGGCGGCCUUCGCUAGUCUCUGUGCUUCUUGCUCUACGUGAGAUUCCAGCGCUGGAAAGUCUCGCGACACAUAACGCAGCUUCAGAAGCAUUUCACCGACCGUGACCAGAAACACUCGUUCUUUUCAAGCCGUUGUUGCACUUACAUCCUGCCAUGUUUUCUAAAGUAGACGAUACUUCACGUUGUAGGGGAUGGGACCGAAUACGCGGGGCCCCUUUAAGAGAAGGGGCGUGGCCCCGGUGACACCAGAGACACCGCAGAGCGACCGGAGCAAAAUAUUAGACCUGGCGCAACAGAUUGCCUCAUAUACGCAGUGACAUGACACCCAAAAAAUUUAAGACCAAUCCAAUCUGAAUUUAAGACAGUUUAAGACUUUUUAAGGCCUUCUUUUCUGGAAAAGCAAUUUAAGACUUUUUAAGGACCCGCAGACAUCCUGAAUAAAGAAAUGACAGAUUUCUUUAAUCAUUUAGGACUUCUACUUUGAAAAAUGUCCUAAUUGAUACAUUAAAAUUGUUUGAUUGCCAGGCUAGGGGAAUUCAGAUGUCUUGAACACAUCUGCAUCAGUCAUUUCCUGGAACUCUUGGGGAAAUAUAUUUACAGGACUUCAAAUAAUCAGAAAUGUGCUUUUUUAACAUACAAGUCUGACUUUUAUUUUGAUAAACUCUACCUUGCUACAAUAAAAAUGUUUUAAUUUUAGUGUAAUCUAAGCUAAAUCUUAGAAACAAUCUAUAAAGAUACAAAAUCAAUUCAUUGUUUACUUUUAUAUGCUCGUGUAUGAUUUGUCGACAUCUUAUUUUGAAAAACGGAUGUUGUUUCACGUGGUUCUUUCCGCUAACUUUAUCAAAACCCUCGCGCGCUCCCGAUCGAUGCGUUUACCGUGAACAUCAGUCUAUAGGGGCUCAGAAAUGUAAGUGUCGGCUGAGUUGACCGCAGUCUCCACGUGCAGACCCCGUACCACGCGGCCUGGAGACCCGGAACAACGAAGAAGAAGCACCCACCUGAUGCGUGUCGCUCGUGUUCUCUGAGCGGAGACACGGUGUCCUCAUAAGCUGCUGUCAAUGUGUCCAACAGCCCAGAAGACUCUUCAACGGC